AUGGGUAAAAUUAGUACCUUAUUGGAUAAAAGACUUAAUAAUUAUCUAUCGGAUUUCGUGAAAAGUUUUAGAAAAGCAUUGAAGAAUGACGUCAAAAACCUAGUACAAGCGGAGAUGGACUCAGUUGUGCAGCAGCUUAAAUACGACUUCACUGUAACCACUAACUUUAUACGUGAUGAACAGUCUUCCCUAAAGCAAGAAAUUGAAAAAAAAGAGUCACAUAAUAAAACACCUAGAAUCUGGAACUCUUCUAUUUCAAAAGGAGAUUAA